GCGUCAGUGUUGACUCGAGAAGACGCUGAGAUCAGCCAUUCGAGUCUUAUCAUCCCACGAAUAUCUCACUAGGGUAGGACGAGACCAUGUCCUUGUGAUGUCCACGGGUACUUUCGGAUGCAUCCGUUUCAGCACCGAGGGCCAAUCCACAAACGCGGCGUUCUGACCAAGGUCUUCGUGCUAGAUGAUCUUGGAGCCCUACAUUCUGAAGUCCAAUGGACCUGGGGACGGAAGUGGGGAAUUAUUCGCAUUACCUCCACACUUUCACGAUAUGCACCUUUUUCUGGUGCAUUGAUGUCCUCGUAUUACAUGGGGCACCCAAGAUUAUCGGCGAGAUCAUUUCGCACAGAAAAUGCGUUUCUCCAGCCUCGCCGUACUUGCUGCUCUGACAGCGUCAGUGCGUGUAGCAAAGGGCUUUGCACAUCAAAUUCAGAUUGCUGUAAAGGCAUGGAAUGUAGAGAUGCUAAUGGCGAUGGAGUGAUGAUCUGCGUGUGGGACUAGCCUAGCCGGCAGCCUGGCACGUCGCGACAUGGCGCCGCCCCGUGUAUCGUGACGGAGAUGUCGAUUGCAGUGGUCCAUGGAAGAGAUAGUAGCGUAGUCAGCCAAUUAACAUCGUUGACCGGUCAAACCAUAAUGUCAGAACCGGCUUUAGCUGGAGCUCCGGCAACACUUGA